UGGCGGCCGCAGGGCGCGACCCCCAUUGGACGCCCCUGAGCAGAUAACGAUGUGAUUGGCUGAGGGCUUGUUGACGUCCAGGGGCGGGUUCGGACCCUGAAUGGGAGCGGUAUGUCGCGGUCCGGCGUUUUGCCUGCAGGGCUCUGGCCGAGUCGGACCAUGAGGCGGUGUGUUUUGGAACCUCUGUCCCCAGGGAAGCGAUGGCUGGUGGCUGGCCUGGGGAACCCCGGACUGCCCAGCACGCGGCACAGCGUGGGCAUGGCAGUGCUGGGACAGCUGGCGCGGCGUCUAGGAGUGGCGGAGAGCUGGGUGCGCGACGCGCGCUGCGCCGCCGACCUUGCCCUGGCCCCGCUCGGGGAUGCCCAGCUGGUCCUGCUCCGGCCGCGGCGGCUCAUGAACGCCAACGGGCGAAGUGUGGCCCGAGCCGCGGAGCUGUUCGGGCUGACGGCAGAGGAGGUCUACCUGGUCCAUGAUGAGCUGGACAAGCCCCUGGGGAAGGUGGCUCUCAAGCUGGGGGGCAGUGCCAGGGGCCACAACGGAGUCCGUUCCUGCAUUAGCUGUCUCAACUCCAGCGCAAUGCCAAGGCUGCGGGUGGGCAUCGGGCGCCCCGCACACCGCAGCGCAGUGGAGGCCUACGUCCUUGGCUGCUUCUCCCCUGAGGAACAGGAGCUGCUGCCCUCGCUGCUGGACGGGGCCACUGACCUGCUCCUGGCCCACAUCCGGGCACGAAGCCAGGAGCCCUCACCCAGCCCCUGACGCCAGUGGACAUGGUUGCUACCUGAUCACAGUGCCCGAAAACACAGCCAUGGCCACAGAGCCACCACGCCCACUAAGGGUGUCUACUUUUUAUAGAACUCUUCUCUGGGCUGUCCUGGGCCUCUUACAGAUUCCCAGGGGCGACUGGCCAGAACAGUCCGUUUCUGGGGUGGGGUAGGGUUGGUCUCUUCGCGGUGCUACUUGGGACGCAGGAAAACUUCCGGAAGACUGAACUUUUUGAGCCUUUUUAGAGCACCGGAGGCAUGGAUCUGUAGGAUUAAAGAUGCCUGCUUGGGUGCUGAA